ACGACUCACUUGCAUCUCAUCUCAUCGAUUGCAAUCCCUGCUAGCCUGGAUUUUGCUUUGAUUAAAAUCUUCCCCUUCUCUUUCUUCGCCCCUAAACUACUUACACUGGAUAUAACCUAUACAACCGCAUCGGCUCGCCAUCUCAACGUUUUCUGCUUGCAGCCACAUGGUCUAAACACACAGCAACACAACGACCAUCAUCAGAGUCUGCAACCAUGGCAACGCUGACUGAUAGAACAGUAUCAUCGACUCACAGAAUACAAGAUGACUCAACAGAGGCUUCAAAAGAUGCCCCUGAGCUGAUUCACAGCCUCAAGCACAACAGUACGGUCUUGGCUCUCGCCGUCAGCCCGCAGCACGGCUCUAUUUUUGCUGGUACUCAAGAUGGCGAGAUUGUGGUCUGGUCGCUGUCGACCUUUCACAAGAUGGCUCAAAUUCAGGCACACAAGAGAAGUGUUCUAUCAUUGUUUUUAUCCAACGACUCAUCGCUUCUCUUGUCCAGCGCUGGAGACGCCAUCAUCAAUGUCUGGUGCCCAAAGACACUCCGAAGACUCUACGAAAUCUACGGCUCUCAUGAUGUCGGCGAUAUAUUCUGUACAGCUUAUAGCUCACAACACGACACAGUGUAUCUUGGCGCCCAGAAUGCAUCCAUUCAAUGGGUGAAGUUGGACGACCCAUCUACGAGAGUAACCCAUGGCUCAGAGAGACACCCCGAUAAGAGAAGUCAUAAGUUUUUCGACUCAAAAGCUAUUGGAGGCGGAAGCACUCCCCGACGAAAUGAAGAUCGUUGGUCCCUAAUCCCCAGAGCCAAUACAGUGCUCGAAAUGGACAGCUCAGCGAUCCAAAACUUUGCUCACAACGGCUACGUCUUCUGUAUGCUAAUGGCAAAAGGUCCGACUGUAGAAGUUGACGAGGAUGAUGAUGUCCUCAUCUCUGGAGCGGGAGAUGGUACUAUUAAACUCUGGGAGCUCGGACAAGGUAGCCGAGAUGGCCUCGAUGAAGGCGAGCCUGACCGUGGCGGCAUUGAAGAAAUCAUGACGCUAGGAACAGACGAUGGUGAGUCUAUCCUCUCGUUAGCCUUGGAUGGAUCUUUCUUGUAUGCCGGAAAAUUGGAUGGAGUCGUCGAGCUCUGGGACUUGGACACGGCGCAGCGUCUUCGAUCUAUCAAAUCUCACGACUAUGAUAUUAUGUCCUUGCAAAUGGGAUGGGGUUAUUUAUGGACAGCCUCAAGCAGUGGUUGGGCUAGUCAAUUCAGCACCGCCCAUUAUGGAAAAUAUCAACAAGCAUCUGGCAAUGUCGCCCAAAAGUACCAGUGCCUCAGUAACUGGAAAGCCCAUAACGGCAAGAUCUUAGCUUCUGCAACUACCACCUUCAAAGAUCAACAGUACUACAUCACUGGAGCCAAUGACGAAGAAAUUGGCAUCUGGGCAAUCAAGGACUCUGCCAAGACAACUACUGAAUCCAAUAAGGAUUCCGACGACUUGCUACUGAACUCCUUGGCUGAUUUUGUUUCCUACAAAACCGUCUCGUCCAAACCGGAAUACUCGGAGGACUGCCGCAAAGGUGCUACAUUUUUGGGCUCAUUAUUCAAAAGACUGGGCGGCGAUGUGGAAAUGCUAAACACUGACAACGAUUAUAACCCCGUUGUUUACGCCAAGUUCUCUGGAAAGAAGGAAACUGCCGGCAAGAAGAAACGCAUUCUGUUCUAUGGCCACUAUGACGUGGUACCAGCUGACAACAACAAUGGAAAAUGGAGCACGGAACCGUUUACUGCUAAAGGCACAAAUGGUUUCCUCUACGGCCGUGGUGUAAGCGAUAAUAAGGGCCCGAUUAUAGCAGCCCUUUUUGCUGUGACAGACUUGAUGCAAGCGAAGCAGCUGGAAAACGACGUGAUAUUCCUCAUUGAAGGAGAGGAAGAAUUCGGAUCUCGUGGUUUUGGCAACGCCGUCAAGCGUAACAAGGAGCGGAUCGGCCCUAUUGACUACAUCUUGCUUGCCAACAGCUACUGGUUAGAUGAUGAAGUGCCUUGCUUGACGUACGGCCUGAGAGGCGUUUUGCAUGCCACUGUGUGUGUUGACUCGCCCCGUCCUGAUGCGCAUUCGGGUGUUGAUGGUUCACACAUGACGAAUGAACCACUGUCCGAUUUGACACAGGUUUUGGCAAAGCUCAAAGGCAAAGGAAACCGAGUCCGUAUUCCAGGUUUUUAUGAAGGUAUCCCGUCCAUCACCAGCGACGAAGAAGCACGCUUCGACGAUAUUGCAUCAGUAUUGUUGCGGAGGAACAAAUCAACACUCACCAUUAACGACAUCAAGGAGUCCAUUAUGGCGCGAUGGAGAGAGCCGAACCUAACUAUUCAUCGCUACAAGGUGUCUGGCCCUGAUGGCAGUCUAGUGAGCAGCCACGCCAGCUCUCACAUUAGCAUGCGUUUAGUGCCUGGUCAAGAAGCCGACGAUAUUGCCAUUAAGCUUCAAAAGUUCCUGGCCGAGGAGUUUGGAGAUCUUGAAUCCCAGAACCAAAUGUCCAUCAGCAUUGACAACAAAUCUGAGGCAUGGCUCGGCGAUCCUACGAAUGACAUCUUUCGCAUUUUGGGCGAGGCCAUCGUUGAAGCAUGGCCGGAUCGCUUUGAUGCGUCUCCCAAGUCUGGCAAGCCUAAGCAGCCAUUGUAUAUCCGAGAAGGAGGAUCCAUCCCUGCCAUUCGAUUCCUGGAAAAGGAAUUCCAGGCACCGGCGGCCCAUUUACCGUGUGGGCGUGCCAGUGAUUCGGCGCAUCUUGACAAUGAGCGGAUGAGUGUUGUGAAUUUAUUAAAAGCGAGAGAAAUCUUUGGCAAAGUGUUCCAAAGGCUGUAGAGCAGAUGCUGUGUAUCAUAGAAUAGAAUGAAUCUUAUUAUUAUUGUUAUAUGUUCAAGGCAUUCCAUUAUACUCUAUGAAGUGGGCUGCCGGGCCGAUAUGGCGGCGCUUUGUCG